AGGUGGCGCUCUGCUGCCGUCCAUCACAGCGGCAAGUCUGGACAGACCAUUUUCAGAUCUAGCAUUGCCCCAUGAUAAUGAUGCUGCAGCUCCCCAUGGCGAUUGACACAAGGAUCUGAUACUGGAUCUCGUGCAUUCAAUGCAUGGAGAUAUGCAUAUCAAGCCCUUCUAUCUCUAUCUUUCGUUUUUAGGUCGUCAUCUAUAUCUCAACCCUGUUGUUAAAGGCAGGUACUCCCCGCCUGUCAAAGUUCUUGACAUACAUUUACGAGCUUGGUCCUAUUCGAAAAACCAAAUACUGGGAGACUUGAUAACAUCUUGUGGAACAAGAGGUUGACGAUGUAUUUACAACGAGAUGUGACGCCACCUGCAAUCGGGACGGAUGGAAUGUCGCCUGUAGGGCCAGUAUCAACCUCUACUGCAAAUAACGGUCCUGUAAUUCUCGCCGUUACGGGUGCCUUCACAGGCUUCGCUGCUUUGGUGGUCAUUAUGAGGAUAUAUGUACGAGCUUUCAUGCUGAAAACGGUUGGGGCUGAUGACUGGAUAAUGAUGGUUGCGAUGCUUGCGUCUGCUGCUGUGUAUGCAUGUUUUGUUGCAGAAGUGGAUCUUGGAGUAGGACACCACAUGUCAGAUCCAACCUUGGUGUCAAAUUUGGAAAAGAUUUUCCAUUGGUUCUUUUACCAUGGACUGCUCAAUGUUUUUGGCAUAUCUACUGUGAAAGUAUCUAUUGGCUUCUUCUUGUUAAGACUGGUGCAAGGCACGAUGUACAAGCGGAUUCUGGUUGCGUGGAUAACCUUUCUUGUCAUUUUCGGCUUAGCUUCCUGUGGAACGAUUGCCUUCGAUUGCACACCGAUAUCCGCGGCAUGGGACUUAUCCCUCUUGGCUGAUCCAAAUACGAGGUGCUUCUCUACCUCUGUAUUCCGUAGCAUUGCUCUGGUCAAUGGAGCAAUUAAUGCUUUCACGGACUUGGCCUUUGCAUUGUUACCGCUGCCCAUCAUCAUACCACUGAAAAUCAAUCUGCGCACUAAAAUAUCUCUGAUCUGCAUUCUUAGUCUUGGAUACUUUGCGUUUGCUGCCUCGAUUGUCAAAGAAGUUCUUUUGUCAAGCUUCUUCACCGACCCUGAUCCAUUCUUUGGGUAUACAUUUCAAAUAUGGAACGACAUUGAACUCAACGUCGGUAUUUUGGCAACUUGCCUCCCAGCAUUACGACCACUCUUUGCCUGGCUCUUUGAGACCGCAAGCGCUCUCAAAGCCACAAGUCUGCGAAGAACGGGCCUCGGCAGUAACGCAAACAACAAAAUAUACAGGCUCAAAGACGGACAUAACAUGGACCCUAUGCCCUCAAGAUCGACGACCGCUCUGAGCCAAAGAGGGUACAGGAUUACAGUGAUAGGUGGUCCCAAAGUUAGCGAAGACGGGGAACCGAUAUUCGAUCGAAGACCAAGUUUAGCGAGCAGUGGACCAAUGUCGAAACUUGAGCAGAGUAUCACAGAGGCCGAUAGUGAGAAAGAUUACGAGGAUCAACCAAUGCACUUCGAUAGGAGAUUUCGCGUGCGAUCACCAACAGACAGAGAAUUCGACUUCCAAUCAAGGAGAUUAGGGAUUUUGAGGACGACAGAGGUGAUGGUGGAGAGAUGAUGACAACAACGGUUCGAAGUAACAGUUCUGCUGGCAUUUCGCACAUUUCGCGCAAUUGCGAUUUGCGCUACUUGCGCUGCUUGCGCAAUCUGCGCCAUUCUCGCUGGUAUCGGUGGAGACUCACAGAUAUCAUGUCCGACGAUGAUACGAAUAUAUGAA